GCAGCACAGACACAGGAUUGCAUGACACAAAGCAGCUCAACUGCAACACAGAGAGUCUCACAAGACAACUUCAGUUCGCACUUUCUAAUCCGAGCUCAUUAACCACUGAAAUGGCUGACAACGAUUUGUUAACACUGAAAAGCUACUUCGACAGUGACUGUGGAUUUGAUUCAGACGACAUGGAUUUUGACGAGCUGGACUGCUCUGAUCCUUUGGCCAUGAGUGGCAGAUGUGACCUGCACAAAGGACUCCGUAUCGAGGUCACCAAGGAGCCUUUUAGCAUGCGCCGCGUUGCUAACGUUGUAAUCGCUCUGCAGAGGCUGAAGCACACUCAAAACAUUAAGUCCACGGAGUUCACUGACCAGGAGCUCUUCAAUAUCAUCAUGGAGAAUGUGAUUGAAGAGAGCAUAGUGAUUGAUUUGAAGUGCAGUGAAUCCAAGAGUUACAGCAGGCAGGACAAGGUUGUGCAGUGCACUAUAUGUGACAAGUCUAAAAGGGCCUUGGUGCGGAGAGAAAAGCCUCCUAUUCUGCUGGCCAUUACUCUGAAGGGAGGAAAUGAGGAGAAUAAAGCAUGGUUCAACCUCUCAGCCUACACGCCACCAAACUGCACAGAAAACACAAGAGGCCAGCCUGUCUGUUUGGGGAUUGUGAAGAGCAACCUCUUUCUCUCAUGCACAAUGGCGAAUGGAACUCCUUUUCUAGGCAUAGAGGAGGUAAAAGACAAAGAGAGCCUGAAGGCCAUCAAGGAGAAUGAUGGCAUGGAGCGCUUCCUUUUCUUCAGAAACGGUCCUGGUGACUCCCUUAACACCUUUGAGUCAGUCAAAUACCCAGGCUGGUUCAUCACCACCUCAAAGGAUGACUUUAAGCCAGUGCAAAUGUGUCAGCAGCAACCCAGUCCCCAGCAGCUGUUCACGCUUCAUGAUGAGACCGUAGUCUCUCAGAAUGAGAUCUGAUUCAGAAAACCAGCUUCCAGAAAGUAUGUACUAGGUACAAGUGUAAAUCUGGAGGCUCAUUUUAUGUUUAAGUCUAUCUCAGCUGGAGAUACCUGACUGUUCUCUGCUUGUUUGUGGUUUUACAAUAAUCACAACAUGAGUUCAUAAUUAUGUAUUUUUAUUUAAAACAUUUAUAUUUUUGAGUUACCUGACCACUCUGUGCUUGUUUGUGCUUUCACGAUAAUUACUGGAUGAAUUAGGUUUUAAUUGAAUUUUAUUUAACUUAUUUAUUACAAAGAUUGUAUUGCUUUCAUAACUCUAAUUUAUUGUUACAUAAAAGCCUAAUAAAAUGCAUUUUUGUCAAA